AUGGGAAAACUUCACAGAACAUUGGCCAAAGCUAGUAAAGUCAGAAAACAUACACCAAAAAUUGAGAAGUAGGUUAGAAGACAAAAAUUCCAAAAGGUAGAGCUUAUAAAAGAAUUUGUUUCAACAGAAGAUUUUUGAUAUUUGUAACAAUAUAUUAGAAUUGGAGCAAUUAUUUCUGGAGCAGGACCUUAAUAAAGAAAAGAACCAAAUUGGCAUGCAGGAAGAAAGGAUUUAAUUGA